GUGGCAGUCCAUCACCUCCCACAAUGUCUCUUUUGCUUCAGGGAAUGGGUAUGAGUGGGCUCAUGAGCGCGAGUGCUUCUGUCAGUGGCGCUGCCUCUGCCUCAGGGUUCCAAUCCGGCUUUGCGAGUCCGUUGAGCAGUUCGAGAGCUCCCAGCCCGGCAAGAAGCGUAUCACCUCCUGUUCACAAUACUAUCUCCGAAAUCACUCCCAGUAUCACGAGUGGUUCUCCCCGAUCAGCCACAAAGGAGCCUCCCAACGUUGGUUCUUCGCCACUGAAACGGCCUUCUCUUCCUCCGCCAGGGUUGGGCUCGAAUCCAAACAUGCCCAGUCCCAACAUGCGAGCAUCGAACCGCCUCAGUUUUAUUUCCUAUACCGACCUUCUCAACUCUGCACCGAUCGCUUCACAGUCGCUCAGCUCUGUCCUGAGCCCAGGACAGAAUGAGCCACCUACGCACUUGGUAGUUGUCGACGCAGACAAUGCUCCUAGUGUGGUUGGAUCGGGAACGAACGCGAGCUCGGGCCAUCUUCCUCUCGGUAUCGGCAGUCUCAACGUGAGCAACCCAAGCGAUAAGGUUGACGUUGAUUCGUUGGGCACCGUCGGCCUGAGCAGUGCUGGUGAAUGGGGUCGAGAGGGGCUGGGAGGUGGUCUUGAAGAACGGUUGGAACGUCUUUGGGCCGCCGAGAAGGAAAUCAACGAGCGUGGACGUGCCAUGAAACCGAGUGGUAGCGCUAGCAGGUCUACUAGCAUUGGUGUCAGCAUUGACAAUUCGCAAACAGCUCCUACCACAACAUAA